GCCAGUCGCCAUUAAAGUUCGGAAUGUGUUUGUUGUGUAGGUGUUGGUCGCACUGACCACUGGCUAGCAGACUGACCUGCUGGACAUAUAGCAGGAUUUAACUUAUUGAUAUCCUUUUAUUGUAUAUCGACAUCACAGUGUUAACAGCUAUUGACGGGACGUCCCGCGGAGCUGGACACACAGGAGUCAUCCGGACAUGGUGGAGACGACAACGGUACCGAUGCAUCGGAAAUACGGAUCUGCAAGGCUGACGUCACUGAGCCGACAUGUAUUAGCAUCUGUGUUCCUGUCUGUCGUUACGUAAAAUGACCAACAAGAUCAUCAUUAAAUGACGUCACGUAUGUGUUUUAUCACCAAUCAACUGACGUCACCAGAAUCAACAAUCAACUGAUUUCAUAGGAAAUGUAUUAGGAUCACCAUUUAGCUGUCGUCACGGAAUCAUGUGUUAGAAUCUGAAGUCAUAACAGUUGUAUUAACGGCACAAUUAGCUGAAGAAGUCGUUUUCAUGAUGAAUAAGCGAGCCAGUAAAUUAAGUCUGUUUGGAAGAGUGAAGUACUUAUUGGUGCUGUUAAUGUUCAUUUCGGUGACGAUGACUAUGCGCGCGCUGCUUCAGACCCACUCGGACACAAUGGCGUAUGUGUACAAUGGAGUGGUCAAGCAACUGUCUCGCGCACAGUGGGACGGCCUAAUAAAAAAUUCAAGUGGAAUGCCAUUCUACCUUAGUAAUGUCACAAGGCUUAAAGAACGAAUGUCUGCGUCUCGGAAAAACGUAACGUUUGUGGAAGUAAAGACUCCGAAUGGCUCGGUGACCUUGGCCCCAUCAAAGUCACAGAAGGUCAUAGGAAUUCCCAGCCAAAAACAACAGAGAUUACACCUGACAAGCGGAUUUAGGUACCCGAUGCAUGUGAAUCUGCGCGAGGCGUACACUAUAAAGAUGCUAAAUGGCACAAAUAUCAUCCGGGACACGCCCAUCAAUCCUCACCCCUUCGUGUACCUCCAUCGACCCGACCCUUGUACAUUUAGCCCCAACGCAUCUCGCUCUCUGCUUAUCCUGGUCAAGUCGUCCGUCGGAAACUCCGUAAUUCGGGGCGGUGUUAGACGUACGUGGGGCAAUAUCAAAGACCUAAACAUUCGUCUUGUGUUCUUACUCGGGGUCAACACCAGUGACCCGGGACUGCAGCGUUCUGUAGACACUGAAGCGGAAGUGUACCGCGAUAUCGUACAGGAGAACUUUAUGGACACGUACCACAACAAUACCUAUAAAACUACAAUGGCCUUCAACUGGGGCGUGGAACACUGCCCCAGUGCAAAGGUCAAUUACUUCGUUGACGACGAUUAUUUGGUGCUUCUGCCGAACCUGCUGCUGUACAUCCGGCGCUUGGCGCCCAGACACAUUGAGAACUUAUUCACGGGACUGUUGGUGCCACAUUCGCGCCCCUUUUCUGACCCCAAGUCAAAAUGGUUUGUGCCUUUAUCGGAGUACCAGUAUGACUUCUGGGUGCCUUAUCUAGCUGGAGGCGCCUUUCUGGUUUCAGACUCAAUCAUGCGCAAAUUCGUAUUCGCCUUCCCGUAUGUCAAGUAUAUGCGCAUUGACGAUUCAUACUUAGGUAUUGUGGCCUAUAAACUGGGCAUCAAGCCUCAACCGAACAUGCUCUUUAAUUACAACCGCGGGGCUAUCAAUACUAAGGCGCAUGCGCGCUGGUUCUCUAGUCACGGAUUCAAGAACCCCGUCAUAAUGGAGAAAAAAUGGAGUGCCCUCAUGAUGUUCCUGGUGUAGGACAAUUAUUGUAAUAUCUAUCGGAGUACCGGAAGUUAACGGUGAUUAUAAACUAAUAUUGUACUUUGAAUGUAUUUGUUCAAUUUUAAGUUUCCGCAGAUUUAUAAUGUUCUUAGCUAUUCUAUUAUAAUGUUUAUUUUAUGUGUGGAAUUUAAAUGGCGGAAUAAAAUUUGGAGAGUAAAUUGCAUGAUUAAUCGUAUUACUUUUUGAUGCAACUUAAAAACUCCCAUUUUGAUGGGAUGUAAGCUAAACAAGGGCAGGACAAUCUCUAUGAUCGGAUGUAGGACGAGUUUACUCCGAAAGUCAGUUUAAGGAGUUACCCGAGUCUUGUUAA